CCUUCGCUGCACAGGACGCGGAGAGCCCGACAUUGUGGACAGCCAUGAACUUUAGGGAGUCAGAAACAGACGACAAGCGACAAGGAUCACCGGGGAAACAUACAUGACCUGUCAACAGCAGCCAUCAGCCGCGUGGCUGGGAAUCAGGAGAGAGCUAGUGCUGCAUGGGAAGAAAACGAGGUCGAUGAUCGCGCAUUUCCCGUGAUCGGCGGGCGUCAUCGACUCCUUAUCGAUAACGCCGCCGCUUCAAUCCCACCACAACAUCCCACCACCCCGUUGUUCAGUUCUUAUCACAUUCAGUUCCACGAGGGCUUAUCCAUUGUAUUCCUACCACCGUUCAUUAUUUCAUCAUGGCAGCGGACGGACUUUCAGUCCGUGUCUUGCCCACUAUCAACCCCGCAGCGGGACAUACCUUCAUCGAGCCAACCAAACGCAUUCACGAGCAUGGCGAUGUCUCCGAGUUUCUGUGCUCUAAAGCCUAUGUGGACAUCACGACGUUCCUGCUCCAGCUCAACCGUUCAAUGUUCCCAGCCAAGCUGCCUGAUGGGACCAUCCAGACCUGGCCCGUGAACUCUGAUGCCGUGGAGUACUCCGCGCCAGUUCGUCAGCUCCAGCAGCUGCUAUCCAAACUAGAGGCAAUUCUCGAGGAGGCACCGCCUGACCAAGGGCCGCGUAGGUUUGGAAACAUAAGUUUCCGGAGAUGGUACGAAAUUGUAGAAAGUCGCGUUUCCAGCCUGCUGGAGGAGUGUCUUUCAGCGGAGAUUCUUGAGAAGAAAUCCGCUAACCCUGACGGACCGACAGCGGCGGCAGAACUCAAGGCAUAUUUCCUAGGAAGUUGGGGAAGCCCGCAGCGACUAGACUAUGGCACAGGUCAUGAACUGAGCUUCCUGGCUUUUUUGGCUGGGAUCUGGAAGCUGAAUGGGUUUCCUCAGAGCUCCUCGGGUGUUGAAGAAAGAGCGAUUGUUUUAGGCGUGAUUCAACCGUAUCUUGAGCUAGUGCGAACCAUCAUCAAGACGUACACCUUGGAACCAGCAGGCUCUCAUGGAGUCUGGGGAUUGGACGAUCACUCUUUCAUCCCCUACAUCUUCGGCUCUGCGCAGUUUGCGCCAGCUCUGUCAGAGGCGGAUCGAGUGCCGGAAGAGGGCUCUUUGCCUGAUGCGCCUGACCCAACUGGUGUUGCAAAAGCAACUAUUGUGGAGAGAGAACGAAGGGGAAACCUGUACUUCUCUGCCAUUGGCUUCAUCUACGAUGUGAAAAAAGGACCAUUCUGGGAGCAUAGCCCUAUGCUCUACGACAUUUCCGGCAUAAAGACCGGCUGGGCGAAGAUCAACAAGGGAAUGAUCAAGAUGUACAACGCAGAAGUGCUGUCCAAAUUUCCAGUGGUGCAACACUUUCCCUUUGGUUCCCUGUUCAGCUGGGAUCGUGACCCUAACGCGGUACCACCUCCGUCUACUGUCCACACGACAUCAGCACCUCAGCCUCGAGCAAGCGAACUUCCUUCCCAAGUACCUGGUCCGGGAACCAAAGCCCCAUGGGCAAGGUCUCAGGCCCAAGAGCGCCAGCCAGAGGCACAGCUCUACCUGACACUUCUCGGCUACCACCUGGUCCGAUGGCGCCUACGAGAGCCCCAUGGGCCAGUGCACCGCCAGGGCCGGCACCUGGUGAUAUCGACCCCAGAGGAGACGUAACGACCAAGGCACCUUGGGCUAAAUGAUAUUAGCAGCAUUCUGUACAUAUACCCUUGCAUGAUAUCAACUGCAUCCAUCAGAAGAGUCAAUGAUAAAAGCAUGACAUGCAAUCAUGUCACAUAACUCCAAGCCCUGGGUAUCAUCCGUAUCAUAAACAACGCCUUGUAAACAUCAGCGUCCCAGACAUUCACUCUGAAUCGGACGCAUAGUCCACCAGCCCAGCCAUCGGACGUGGUGUCUGUAUGACCUCUCCAGCAGACGACUUUUCCGGCUCCGAGCCAUUCUCAACCGGGGAUUCACUAGCAUCCUUCGCCUCGCCCGAUUUACUCCCGAGGCCACCAACUUCCUCCUCUUCACCUCCGGCCUCCAUGCACUCCCAUCACUGCUCAGGAACGGAUCUACCACAGCCCGUGUAUUCCCCGUCAACUCACUCCGAAACAUAGCCUUCCUCUCAGCCACCAAAUCCGCAGUCUUCAUCCUCUUCCCAUCCUUCCUCC